AUGUCUUUAUCGGCUGCUGGAAUGUCGGUUGGUGCAUUCCCAGGAGUUCUGCCUGACUGGACAAACCUCAACGUCUUGCAUCGCAAUACUCUCCGUCCAAGAGCUCAUUUUUAUUCUUACCCAGACGAAGAAUCAGCCCUCUCAUUCAAUCGUGACCAAAGUCUUUUCCAUAGUCUUAAUGGCACAUGGAAAUUCCAUUAUGAUGCCAGUCCUCUGGAUGCACCAAUCUGGGAGACAGCAAACACCACCUCAUGGGAUGAUAUCGAAGUCCCAGGUAUGUGGCAGCUUCAAGGCUAUGGAAAUCCUCACUACACCAACAUCGACUACCCAUUCUCGGUAACACCACCCAACGUCUCAUAUGUAAACCCAACUGGCUCUUAUUGGCGCCAAUUCGAUGUUCCUCAAGAUUGGGAAGGCGAACAAAUCCGAUUGAGGUUCGAAGGCGUGGAUAGUGCCUUUCAUGUACGCGUCAACGGUGAAGACGUGGGCUAUGCCCAAGGCAGUCGCAACCCUCACGAAUUCGACAUCACAGACUAUCUCUCUUCAGACAAGGCCAAUGAACUUGCCGUGCGCGUCUACCAGUGGUCUGACGGAUCCUACAUCGAAGAUCAAGAUCAGUGGUGGCUCUCUGGUAUAUUUCGCGAUGUUUAUCUCAUCCCAUUCUCUGAAUCCUCCAUCAUCGACUACCAAGUUGACUCUGAGCUCGGCGACACAUUCGAUCAAGGUUCCCUCAAGGUCAAUGUCACCAUACAAGGGCAAGAAGGCGAUUUAUCCAUCAAGCUUAUGUCUCCCAAUGGCUCAGCAAUUGACGAGUGGAAAGGUUCUUCAGCCGAGAUAUACAAGAAACAAAUCUCUGGUGAUGACUUCCACCUCUGGUCUGCCGAGACGCCCAACCUCUAUACUCUUCUCAUUGCGUUCAAUGGACGAACCAUCAGCCAAAAAGCCGGUCUUCGACGCGUUGAAAUGAAGGGUCCCAACUUUUACGUCAAUGGAAAGCCUAUCAUUAUAUACGGUGUCAACAGACACGAGCACCAUCAUCUCACAGGCCGCACAGUUAGCUACGAGAACAUGCGAAACGAUCUUCUUCUCAUGAAGCGUUCCAACAUCAACGCCAUCCGUGCAGCUCAUCAGCCUCACCAUCCCGACUUCUUCGACGUGGCAGAUGAACUAGGUUUCUACAUCAUUGGUGAAGCCGACCUCGAGUGCCAUGGUUUCAGAUCCUUUGAAGACACCGAGGAGAAGGCAGCAGAGUGGCUGUCUAAUAACCCCGAUUGGGAAGAUGCUUAUAUCGACAGAGCCCGUCAGCUUGUCGAGCGAUACAAGAACCAUGCCUCCAUUAUCAUCUGGUCUCUUGGCAACGAGUGCUUCUAUGGCCAAAACCACGCUGCUAUGAGUAAAUGGAUCCGCGAACGAGACCCAAGUCGCAUCAUCCACUAUGAGCAAGAUCAUGAAGCAAAGUCAACAGAUAUGUACAGUCAGAUGUAUACCACUCCUGAUUAUGUGCGACAAUUCAUCAAAGACCACGGCGAUAAACCAGUUAUACUAUGCGAGUUUGCUCAUGCUAUGGGUAAUGGCCCUGGUGGUCUGGUCGAGUACAUUGACAUGUUCAGGACUGAGCCACUCUCUCAGGGUGGUCUUGUCUGGGAAUGGAGCAAUCAUGGAAUCCUCAAGGAAGAGGGAAACCUCACAUACUAUGCAUAUGGUGGUGACUUUGGCGAUGAGCCUAAUGACGCCGACUUUAUCAUGGACGGUUUGACCUUGUCCGAUCACUCGCCUAUGCCUUCCCUCAGAGAGUAUGCCAAAGUGAUCCAGCCAGUGUCAGUCAAGCUAGCAAAGAACGGCAGUGCAAUGACUGUUACUAACCAUUACGACUUCCUGGAUCUGAACCACCUUGAUGCUUCAUGGCACUUGGUUGCAGACGGCCUCAAGACUGAGCCUCAAAGCCUUUAUCUACCUCAUGUACCAGCAGGUGAAAACAGAACUCUAGCAAUUCCUUCUACCAAAAAUAUGACUACUGGCGAGUCUUGGGUUACUGUGGAGUUUAGACUCAAGGAAGAUACUCUAUGGGCUGGCGAGGGUCAUCUCAUCGCUUGGGAUCAGCUUCACAUCAAACAAUCCAUUCCAGUGGUCAAGGACAUGGAUUCUCUCAGUCGUCGCGCUGAGACAACGGGAUUUGAGAGAAAGGGAACAAGCCUGGGAUACAAAAAUGGAGACUCCUCCUUUGGCUUCGAUCUGCUUCAAGGCAAUCUCACCUGGGCCAAGAAUGGGGUUGAUAUCUUUCAGCGAGGCCCAGAGCUUUCCUUUUACCGCGCUCUAACCCAAAACGAUGCUUCUGGCUCAGGCGAUGGUCCCAUGUGGGAACGAGCUAGGAUUCCAAUGAUCUACCCUCAGGUCAGAGACGUCACUUGGAACACUGAUGAGAGCGGCGCUACAGUUCACUACAAGAUAUGGGUUGGCGUCAAGACUCAGGCCUGGGGCAUCGAGGCGAACAUGAUCUACAAGAUUCCCUCUUCAGGCCCGCAACUUCAGCUUCAGGUCAGUGGCGAAUUCAUCGGCAAGAACUCGUCUCAUACAAUCCCACGCAUCGGUCUCAUGGCUGUAUUGCCCGAGUCCUUUAAUGACGUGUCGUGGUUCGGCCGUGGCCCAGGUGAGAGCUACAAAGACUCCAAACAAGCAGGUCGCAUUGGCCAGUACAGCUCUAGUGUACCAGACUUGUUCACACACUAUGACUAUCCUCAAGAGAACGGGAAUCGUGAAGAUCUGCGCUGGCUCAAGGUUGGAAACAAAGACACGACGCUUGAGGCGAGACGUACAAAGGGCGAGACUUUCAGUUUCACAGCCAGAAGAUAUAUGCCUUUUGAUCUUGACGAUGCUAAGCACCCUCAUGAUUUGAAGCCCUUGAACAUGACGGUUUUGCAUCUUGACUACGACAACAAUGGCCUGGGUAGUGCAACAGUUGCUGUGCGGCCAUUCGAACAGCACAGGUGUUAUAUGAAGCCUUUUAACUUUACAUUUGACUUCAAUGUUGUGUAG